GGGGCGGCGGGAUUAUUACGUCGCUCUUCAUGCGUGCUACACACUCUGACCCAAUUUACUAGACUGACAGCUUUCAAAUUCACGACAUGUCAGAAGAAAGAAGACUCUAAAAAUGCAAGAAGCAAACAAAAGUUAUAUCCUUCAUUAAGCUAUAACGAAAAUCACAUCCAAACUUUAGCUGAGAAUAAGCGGAACAUCAAAGCCACACAAGUAUCUAAAGUUAGAGACACACCAGAAACUAUCUUCAGGAAGACGCCAGAAAUUGUCUUUAGAGGAACACCAGCAUUCUCUGCCAUGGGCACACCAGAUUAUUCAAAUGCCAUUAGUGGCACACCAAUAAUUGCUAAUUUAGUCAUCGGCACACCGGUAGACGCAAGCGCCACCUGCGAAACGUUAGUUGCUGCUACACUUGUCAGCGAAACGACAGAUGCUGCUACACAUGUCAGCGAAACGACAUAUGCUGCUACACUUGUCAGCGAAACGACAGAUGCUGCUACAUACGAACAUGACGCUGAAAAAGCUCCUAGCGUCUUCAAUGCAACUAUAAAUACUGCAAGAACAGUCCAAUAUUUUGUCAGUGUUCCUAAAGGUAGUAGCAGCCAAAACGUUUUGCCUGUUGAAGACACACUGACUGCAAUAAACGUCUUGAUUACUGUCAUCUCUACACCCAAUCCUGAAGACCUUGAUAACAAACCAACAAGGUUUUACAGUAACACGGAAACAGUAUUUGCUCAAAAUGGUAUCAUAGCCGAUAACAAUAUCUAUGGCAUAAACGUAAAGAAAGAGAAAGAACUUGACCAUCGGGACCCUACUUUGGCUGAUUUAAAUAUCAUUGCAACGUCACCGAAGUAUCAACAAUUUGUGAUUUUUUCUGAACGAAAGAAAUCUUUUCAAAACUCCCCACAGAUUUUCUAUAAAAAUCGCAAAGUAUUUUCCAAAGCUGGCUUCUUUUAUAAUGGCUCAAUAUUAUCGGAACCUGGAGUAAAUGUAUCAGAUAAACUCCCUGGAGUUGUUUGCUUCUGUUGUGGAUUAAUGCUCUAUGAACCAAGCCCCGACAUUUGGUCUCUGCAUGCUGCACUAGCUACCAAUUGUCCAUACGUGCUUUUACAAAAGGGGAGGGCAGAUGUGGAGGACACCUCAUGUCACGGCUCUAAAGAGGAGAAACAGAAUACCAAGACAGGAACAUCAAGUUACAACAAAGGUUUGGAGGAGGAUGUUGCUGUGAAGUUACUAGUUCAAGAAGGUUAUGAUCUCCAAAAAGUUAUAGAAGCAGCAGACCAACUGAAACAAGAAGGAAAAACGUUUUCCUCUGACGAUCUUCUGCUGAGACUAGACCCAGAAAAAGCAAGAUGUCAGUUAUCAGACAAAUGUAGAAAACUUAAAGAAGAGAUUGUUCUCAUGAGGAAAAUCCAAAUUUGCCAGACUUGUCAAGAAAAUCCAGUACAAGUGGUCUAUCUUCCUUGUGGUCAUUUCUUAUCCUGUGCGGACUGUGCAAUGAUCGAGGGGCUUAUCAAGAAUGCCUGUAAGGCCUGCCAAAAACCAGUCAUAGGUUUGGUUAGAGCGACACUUACAAAAAUACCCAAUAACAAUGAAUGUUGUAUUUGAAGAAAAAAUUGAACCUUCGUUUUAAAAUUCUAGUGACUUUUAGAAUUUUAGGUAUUUCAAGAUUUAACACAUAUUUAAGUAAUUUUUUUGUAUCCCUUUUUAAAAAUAAUUAAAUUUCAAAAAAAAAAUUUUUAUCAGGUUUUCUUUUUUAAAAUUAUAUUCAUUUCAUUGCCUAUGAGUAAUUUUUAGUUAUGAUUCACCUUAUACAAUGUAUAUUUUUAUAAUGUAGAAAUAUAUACAUAAAUAAUAUGCAAUUCAAAUAAAAAAGUCUUUUCUUGGCUUAAAAGUGCACCAGCAAUAAAUAAUAAUAAGAAAAAUAAUAAUAAUAGCAAUAAUAAUCUUUAUUAUCCUUAGAAAAAUGUGUCUUACAAUUUGUGCAUUACACCAAACAAAACAUUAAUAACUAUAUAUAGAAAACCAUAUUGUGUUUUUCAAACUUUAUUUAAAAGUUCAAAUUGCAAAAACCCAUUAAGCUGUGUUCAGAUUAAUUUUAAUAUUUUAUUUUUUUUAAUGAAUUUUUGGAUUAUCCAGCCCAGGUCCUCACUUUUCUUGUUAAAGCACAAAAACAAUUAGUUCAUAUUAACAUGAAUAAUGAUAUUCCCACACAUUGUCACAUAUAAAGAAAUUAAAUUAAAUUAUUUUAAAUGAUCUAAGAUGUGAUAUUUUUUCUAAGGCUAAAAUUUCAAAACUUGUUUGUCUUCUAGACCCCUUAUUUUAUGGUAUUAGGAAGACCCUCUGCUCAUCUAAUUUUUGCAUUUUUGAAAAUUCAUCCAAUUCAGACAUGUUUUUUUUUAUUGAUAUCUAACUGUAGUAAUUUUGAGAGGGAACAAGUAAUUAAGAUAAAAUUCAAAUUAAAGCAAAGAAAAAUAGCUUUUAAUGUGUAUUACAUGUAUUUUGUGAAAAAAAAACUUUUAAAAACUUGUUCAAUAGCUGAUAAAAUACAAUUUUCGAACGUUUGAAUGUAUUUCAAAUCUUUAUUGGAAUCAACUCAAAUAAUGGUUUCAUAAUGUCAUUUCUUUUAGCUUUUAAAAUUGGUCAUUUAAAUAUUAGUUACAUCUAUAUAUUAUUAAGUCAAUAAAAUAAAAAUUUAAAAUUUUUCAUUGGUACAGCAGGAUUAAAAUUUAAAGAAUUGCUUAAGGUCAUUCCAUUAAUAGGAAAUUAUUAUUGUUAAUAUAUAUUAUAUAAUAUAUAUAUAUAUAAUAUUAACCAUUAACCACUCGUUAAUUGAUUAAAUGAGAACCUCUAUCAUAGGCCCCCUGUUUACAUCUCAUAGACACCUAAUUUAUUGUUUCUCUUAAAGAGACCAAUUAAAAGUUGUCCUAGACCCCUAGGGGCCAAUAUUGACCACUUUGGGAAAUGCUGUUCUAAAGGAAUCCUAAAUCCUAAAUAACCUUAGAUCUUGUUAUUUCUGUCAUCACUUAUGUACUUUGUCAAUAAAUGGACAUCUGUAUUUGUAUCCACUGAGUGCCAUUUUGUUAUUUUGUAUAUAUAUAUACUAUGUUGCAAUAUAAUAUAAUAUAUAAGGUAAACCAGUGACUUGGCAGAAUUUAAGUCAUUGGUUAAUAUGCUUGACUAAAUGCAUAACGCGUAGGACGUAAUCAUCUUCUAUUUUGAAGUAACGUCUAUAUUAUAUAAGAUAAGAUAACAUAUAAUAUAUUGCAAUUCUAAUUAUUGUUAUGAAUGAAAACAUUUGCAAAGAUUAUAAUACUUAUAUAUAAAAUAUAUAUAUAUUUAUUUAUUUAUGAUAUAUAAAUUAUUGUAA